CCUGUUCCUCUUCCCGAUUGCGACAGACAGAGCUGCCUUGGCUCCCAGCGCUCCCUGUCCCCGCCCCGGGCCGGCGGCUCCACUCCCACUUCCUGAGCCCGGCUGGAGCCCUGGAGGCCAGGCCAGGCCCGGCCGCUCCGGCCCCCGGGGGCAAGUCAGCCGAGUCCUGUCCCAGCCUCUGGGCUGGGGAGGCUGCUGCCACCACUGCCCGGGACGUCCAGGCCUCCCACCUUCCUCCCAGGCCUCCACCCAUCCGCUCGGCUGGCUGACUGGCCGCCAUGCGCCUGCCGUGGGCCGCCUCCCCCUGCGGCCUGGCCUGGGGGCCGCUCAUAUUGGGCCUCUGGGGUCUCCUGGCAGCAUCCCAGCCCCAGCUGGUGCCCCCAUACUGCACGGAGAACCAAACCUGCCGGGACCAGGAAAAGGAGUACUACGAGCCCAAGCAUCACGUCUGCUGUUCCCGCUGCCCCCCAGGCACACACGUCUCGGCUGAAUGCGGCCCCGACCAGGACACCACUUGUGCCACGUGCCCCGAAAAUUCCUACAAUGAGCACUGGAACCAUCUCUCCAUCUGCCAGCUGUGCCGCCCCUGUGACCAGAUGCUGGGCUUCGUGGAGAUCACGCCUUGCACUAGCAAACACAAAACCCAGUGCCGCUGCCAGCCAGGACUGUUCUGCGUCUUUUGGGGCUCUGAGUGUGUACACUGCGAGUCACUCUCCCACUGCCCGCCUGGCACCGAAGCCGAGCUCAAAGAUGAAGACAGGAAGGCUAACAGCAACUGUGUUCCCUGUAAGGCAGGGCACUUCCAGAACACGUCCUCCCCCAGCGCCCGCUGCCAGCCCCACACCAGGUGUGAGGACCAGGGCCUCGUAGAGGCAGCGCCAGGCACCUCCCGGUCUGACACCAGCUGCAGAAAUCCACCAGAGCCCUCCGAGACGCCAGGAACGAUGCUGGUGCUGGCCGUCUUGCUGCCGCUCGUCUCCCUUCUGCUCCUCACCACUGUCCUCGCCUGCACCUGGAAGAGCCACCCCUCUCUCUGCAGAAAGCUGGGAUCCCUGCUCAAGAGGCAUCCAGAGGGAGAGGAAUCAAAUACUGCUGAAGGAAGCUGGGAGCCCCCGAGGGUCAACCCACAGUACCCUGACCUGGUAGAGCCACUUCUGCCCACCUCUGGAGACUUGACCCCAGCCUCGGCCGGGGUCCCGGCGACCCCAGGUUUGGAGGAAGAGGCGCUACAACAGCAGAGUCCUCUGAGCCAGGCCAGGGAGCUGGAGGCUGAGCUCCCAGAGCAAGGCCAGGUGGCCCAUGGCACCAAUGGCAUUCACGUCACCGGCGGGUCUGUGACUGUCACCGGCAACAUCUACAUCUACAACGGGCCGGUACUGGGGGGCGCACGGGGCCCCGGAGACCCCCCCGCUCCCCCAGAGCCUCCGUACCCCAUCCCUGAAGAGGGUGCCCCUAGCCCUCCCGGGCUCUCCACACCCUACCAGGAGGAUGGCAAAGCUUGGCACCUGGCUGAGACAGAGACACUGGGGUGCCACACCCUCUAACGGGGCCAAGGACGCAAUUCAUCACCCACGCCUGAUGUUGUCUGGAGAAGCCAGGAGAAGGGAGGCCUGAGAGCGCCUCCUCGUCGAGGCCGCCCUCCCCGCACAGGACUGACCAAGGGCCUGGGUAGGGCCCCGAGAGCUGGACCCCGAGGGGCCGGGCCUCAGACGCGUCUCUGAGAGCAGGGCCAGCACUGGCUGGGAAUGGUGUCCCCGCAGGACUCUCACCACCGCCUGAGCAGGCCCGGGACUCCACCGCAGACCCCCUGCCCCCUGGGGCAGCACCAGCUCGGCCUCAGGCACGGACAGGACAUGUGACGCUAACUGCUGCCCCCCUGGCAUCUGUACCCCAAGCAUGGCACAGAAGGGAACCAGCCACGUGGUCGCUCAAGGGCAUGGCCGGGACCUCUGGCGGAUUCGUGGUGCUCAUCACCCCCAAGCUUCAGAGGCCCUUCGAGGGCCCACACUUCACAUGGACUGAGGGAGACCCUACAUGAAGAUGGAGUGACAAGGAGGACCACCCUCCCCUUCCUCCCCACCCUCCAGCCCCCCAGUACCCCCCUUCUAGACAGGAAAGGGAAUCCUUAUAACCAGGGGCUUGGGUGGGGUUCUAUGUAUAAGGGAGAGUUUUGGAGGGGGAGGAAAACGGUGAGUGUAUUUAUGAGUUGUAACCACAUGCAAAUAAAGAGGAGACUGAGACCUAGA